AUGGAGGCUCAGAGAGUCACGUGGCUGGUUUUUCUGGCCCUAAUAAAACAUGUUUCUACAAGUGACCCUAAACUUCCCUUUGAACUAGAACCUGGUGGGCUGUUGGCUACUGAGGGAUCCUGCUCUGAAAUUAAAUGCCAAGUCACAGAAGAUGUUGAUGAUCGUGAUGCAUACUGGUUUUGGAUGAAAGAUAGACGAUGGGUCGACAGUGAUAAAGACUUUACAUCCACUGUCAUUUACAGCACAAACAACUCGACACAUCCGGUCAGUCCUGACUUUGCAAACAGAGUGAAAUACAUCGGUUCUCCAUCUUCAAGUUGGAAGAAUAGUUACUAUGCCGAGCCAAAGCCACUGUGCAGUAUUUUGAUCUGUGACCUGAGAACAAGUGACAGCGGAAAGUAUUCUUUGAGAUUUGUAGGGGGGGGAAUGAGAUGGAAUUCUAAAGAAGUGACCCUCAACGUUGAAGUAAACCGAUGCCCGCUCACUUUUGAGGAACCAGCUGUCCUGGUGGAGUCCGACGUGGUCACACUCACAUGCUCCACUUCAAGUUCAUGUCCUUCAAGACCUCACAUUCAAGAUGUGACUCAGAUCGACCGGACACGGGUCACAGGCUCUGAUCAAGAUAAGCCAAGAACCACCUUCAGCUUUAAAGCCAGCUGGCAGGAUGACGGGAGGGAGUUUUCAUGCCAAACACAGGACAACACGGACAAAUAUUUGAUCCAGAAUAUUACAGUCACUGUUAAAUACAGUCCCAAACAUGUGAAAGUUCAAGCAAAUCCUGGUCUUGAUGUGAGGGAAAAUGUGUCGUUGACACUGAGCUGUUCUGCCGAGUCCAACCCACCAGUGAGCUCUGUCACCUGGAGGAAGACGACUGAUGGGAGAGAGGAAAUCAUCCAACAGACUCAGACUCAGACCUUCACGGUGAAUUCAGCCAGUCCCUCUGACAGUGGACUGUACAGCUGUGAAGCCACCAAUGACAUUGGAAUUGGAAAGUCACAGCCAGCUGAGGUUAAAGUCAGAUUUUCUCCAAAACACACGUACAUCAUGUGGUCUGCAGAGAAGAAGGAGCUUGACGGGAGGAGCUCUGUGAUGCUGAUCUGCUUCAGUCACAGCUUUCCCCCAGUCCAACACUACUCAUGGUACAGGAAGGGAGAGAAAAAUGAUGAACUUGUGUCAAAGCAUCAAAACCACAUAGUGUACUCAAACCAGUCAGGAGUCUACUACUGCAUCGCAGAAAAUGAAGUAGACCAAAGUUUGUCUGAUCCCGUCCAUCUGUUUGAACACAGUCCCAAACAUGUGACAGUUCAAGCCAAUCCUGGUCUUGAGGUGAAGGAAGAUGUGUUGUUGACACUGAGCUGUUCUGCCGAGUCCAACCCACCAGUGAGCUCUGUCACCUGGAGGAAGACGACUGAUGGGAGAGAGGAAAUCGUCCAACAGACUCAGACUCAGACCUUCACGGUGAAUUCAGCCAGUCCCUCUGACAGUGGACUGUACAGCUGUGAAGCCACCAAUGACAUUGGAAGUGGAAAGUCACAGCCAGCUGAGGUUAAAGUCAGAUUUUCUCCAAAACACACUUACAUCUCGUGGUCGGCAGAGAAGCAGGAGCUUGACGGGAGGAGCUCCGUGAUGCUGAGCUGCUUCAGUCCCAGCUUUCCCCCAGUCCAACACUACUCAUGGUACAGGAAGAGUCAGGGCGAGGAAAAGGAUGAACUUGUGUCAAAGCAUCAAAACCACAUAGUGUACUCAAACCAGUCAGGAGUCUACCACUGCAUCGCAGAAAAUGAAGUAGAUCAAAGUUUGUCUGAUCCCGUCCAUCUGUUUGAACGAGACUAUCUGAAGAACCUGAGGUUCCUAGUUGUUCCUCUCCUUCUCCUGAUGAUUAUCAGUAAUGAACCAGAGAGCCUGCAGGACUAUGAAAACAUGAGUAAAGCAACUGCACGUGCACCAACAUCUCCAAAUCUAUUGGACGACCACACCAGUGAAGGUGAAGUGGAGCUGAACUUUCCACAGAGGACGUGGCAGGCUACCCUGACACAAAAACACCCUGACUACCGCCUGUGGGACCUGCCGCCUGUGCCCGACACCUCCCCAUACGAACCUGAGGGAUACAUGGAUAGAGACAAACGGUACCCGCCCACUGAACCUAAACUGUCUAUGAGGUCUGAGGUCACAGAAGGUCAGACCAUCACCGUCAACUGCACUGCUGAAAGUUUCCCACAGUCAACUCUCACCUUGAUGAGGACCGACACAAAUCCUCAGUCUUUAAAAAUCACUGAAAAGAAUCUUUAUUCACGAAUCAGCAACUCUCUCUACCACAAGAUUACUGUGACUUCAGCCGACGCUGGCUGGUACUUCUGCCGUGCCCAGAACACUGAGGGCUCAAAGGACAGCAAGGAGAAGGAGUUGGUGGUGAAAUACAGUCUGUACAAUGUGAAAGUUCAAGCCAAUCCUGGUCUUAAUGUGAAGGAAAAUGUGUUGUUGACACUGAGCUGUUCUGCCGAGUCCAACCCACCAGUGAGCUCUGUCACCUGGAGGAAGACGACCGAUGGGAGAGAGAAAAUCAUCCAACAGACUCAGACUCAGACCUUCAGGGUGAAUUCAGCCAGUCCCUCUGACAGUGGACUGUACAGCUGUGAAGCCACCAAUGGCAUUGGAAGUAGAAAGUCACAGCCAGCUGAGGUUAAAGUCAGAUACCCGCCCACUGAACCUAAACUGUCUAUGAGGUCUGAGGUCACAGAAGGUCAGACCAUCACCGUCACCUGCACUGCUGAAAGUUUCCCACAGUCAACUCUCACCUUGAUGAGGACCGACACAAAUCCUCAGUCUUUAAAAAUCACUGAAAAGAAUCUUUAUUCACGAAUCAGCAACUCUCUCUACCACAAGAUUACUGUGACUUCAGCCGACGCUGGCUGGUACUUCUGCCGUGCCCAGAACACUGAGGGCUCAAAGGACAGCAAGGAGAAGGAGUUGGUGGUGAAAUACAGUCUGUACAAUGUGAAAGUUCAAGCCAAUCCUGGUCUUAAUGUGAAGGAAAAUGUGUUGUUGACACUGAGCUGUUCUGCCGAGUCCAACCCACCAGUGAGCUCUGUCACCUGGAGGAAGACGACCGAUGGGAGAGAGGAAAUCAUCCAACAGACUCAGACUCAGACCUUCAGCGUGAAUUCAGCCAGUCCCUCUGACAGUGGACUGUACAGCUGUGAAGCCACCAAUGGCAUUGGAAGUAGAAAGUCACAGCCAGCUGAGGUUAAAGUCAGAUUUUCUCCUAAACACACACACAUCACGGAGUCGGCAGAGAAGCAGGAGCUUGACGGGAGGAGCUCCGUGAUGCUGAGCUGCUUCAGUCACAGCUUUCCACCAGUCCAACACUACUCAUGGUACAGGAAGAGUCAGGGCGAGGAAAAGGAUGAAAUUGUGUCCAAGCAUCAAAACCACCCAGUUUACUCAAACCAGUCAGGAGUCUACUACUGCGUCGCAGAAAAUGAAGUAGACCAAACUUCGUCUGAUCCCGUCCAUCUGUUUGAACGAGACUAUCUGAAGAUCCUGAAGUUCCUCUUCAUCGUUCCUGCUCUAUUUGUCCUGAUGAUUAUCAUUUUAAUCAUCGUAAUUUUAAGAUACAGGAAGAAAAAAUCUAUUCAACAAGGAACAACAAACAACAAAUCCCCUUCUGUUUUUUUGGGUUGGUGUCAUGGUACCAGGAGGAGGAGUCUGACGAAUGAGAAUGUCUCUGCGGAGCCUCUCAGGAGCAGAGACGACCUCUUGUCAGAGCAGUUGAGGCGUCCAGAGGCCCAACGACGCCAGCCUCUUCCAGACAGCACGCCACCGACCGACAUCAACGCUGUUUACAGCAUUUUGAAUCUGCCCCAGGCUGCCUCUGCACAAAAUCCCACAAGACAGAAAGCUGGAAACACCAAGGACGAUUCUUCUAACUACGCUCCUGUGGACUUUAAGAAUAAGCUAAAAAAGGUGGAAGAAGACCCUGUGUAUGCGAAGGUUUCCAAGCCAACAAGAGUUAAAAAGAAUGAACCAGAGAGCCUGCAGGACUAUGAAAACAUUAGUAAUGCAACUGCACGUGCACCAUCAUCUCCAAAUCUACAUGACAACCACACCAGUGAAGGUGAAGUGGAGCUGAACUUUCCACAGGUGAGAUUCACAGCGAAGCCCCGACGUCAGACGACCAACAGAGACUCCAGCAGCUCACACCAAGAUGAGAGUUAA